AUGUCUAUUAAUGGUGGGGUGGGUAAUGAGCAACUUAAUUAUCUUAACAAAUCGCAAAAAGGGGACCCUUUUUCAAAUAUUUAUAAUCAAUGGUCGAGGAAUCAUCCAAAUUUUUCCUACAAAAAUCCUCCCCUUAAUCCCAUCCCUCAACAAAUGGUUAGACCUUCCAGUUUCCAAGUACCAAGUGAAAGAACUCAACCAUCAAGUGAGAGGGUAGAUGAGGAAAAAGAAAAACCUUAUGUGCCUCCAACACCAUACAAACCACCCAUACCAUUUCCCCAAAGAUUCGCCAAGGCUAAAAUUGAGGAGCAAUGUAGGAAGUUUGUGGAACUUUUGAAAAAAUUAUAUAUAAACAUUUCGUUCACCGAAGCACUCUCUCAAAUGUCGUCAUAUGCUAAGUUUUUGAAAAAAAUUUUGUCAAACAAAAGAAAACUUGACGACCAUGAGACAAUUGCUUUAACUAAGGAAUAUAGUGCCCUAAUUCGAAAUAAAUUUCCUCUCGAACUUAAUGACCCUGAAAGUUUUUCUAUUGCUUGCGUUAUUGGUGAUAUGAGUUUUGAACGUGCUUUGUGUGAUCUUGGGGCUAAUGUAAGCCACAUGCCUUUAUCAGUUUGUAAGAAACUUGAUGUGGGUGAGUUAAAUCCCACAAACAUUUCCUUACAGCUAGUUGAUCGAUCUUUCAAGUAUCCAGUGGGCAUAUUGGAGGAUGUUCGUAUCAAAGUAGGACAAUUGUUUAUAAUGGUUGAUUUUAUGGUUUUGGAACUGGAAAAGGACUCCUAA